CAGAUCACUGAAGAGAUUGUCGAGAGAAAGAUGGAGCUCCUCGUAGGCAAACAGGGUGAAAUGUUGAGGACGCCUGCGGCAAGGCAUACCAUCGCCUUGUACCAAAGAACCGGAGAGGCAUCUAAGAGCCGGCCGACGACUAGAGACGCCGCCCUUCAUAGGAAUAAUGGGAAGGAUCAGAAUUGGAGAGGAAUGGAUUCAAGAACCCAAGACUCAACUCUGUCCUUUUCGUCUUCUUUUUUAUGUAUAUAUAUACCACCUCAUCGGCCUUUACUUUCCACAACGAACCCCAAGAGAACCGGCAAGAUGGCGCCAGUAUACGACGUGGAAUACGAUUUCCACCCAGACGGUACCGCGAUCCCUUACCUGGUCGAAGUCGAUUCCUCCUCAGCGGCUUCCAGCCCGGUCCUCCACCACCCUUCCGAUCUCGAAGAUGUCGACUACUGGUUUCGACUUGAGUAUGCCGACUGGGAAUCGGCUGUCAAUAAGGACCCAAAGACACGUGCCUCUUCAGCUCCACGACCUGUUGCUAGGAACAAGAGAUCGUCGAACGGAAGAGGCGAGAUGGAAAAGCGUGUUAAGAGGCAGAGGCUGGACCUCGGUGGAUCUUUCAAUACGGCGACCUGGGACACACCAGUUCCAGAAAAUCUCCUCGAUAAACAAGCCAUACAUCGCAAGGGCACAAGCAAUCUGACCCACAAAUACAACUACCGUUUCUGGUUCUUGCGUGCUACGGCAUGA